AUUCUUCGCUAAUCAGUCCUCUCUUUUCCAUUUUCUUCUCGUUAUAUUCUUCCCCCCUUCUCCGCGCUCGACGACGACGACGAAGAAAGCAUGGAAGGGGUGACGCCGGAAAUGGAGAGGAUCUUCAAGCGCUUCGACACCAACGGAGAUGGGAAGGUCUCACUAGCCGAGCUCUCUGAAGUUCUUCGAACCCUAGGCUCGACCAACGCCGACGACGUAAGCCAUGUAAUGGCUGAGAUCGACACCGACGGCGACGACAACAUUGACUUCAAGGAGUUCAUCGCCUUCUGCCAUGCUAAUCCGGGCCUCGUGAAGGACAUUGCUAAACUUUUCUAAAACUUUUCUCCUUCUUCUUUAAUCCUUUCAUUUCUCUCAUGGCGAAGAAGGAGAAGAGAAGAUCGUAAAUCUUGUUUCUUUCUUCUUUUUUUGUUCUUUAUUUUCUCUUUCGGGCAACUUG